GCAAUAAUAUUGGAUAUAACUAAUAUCAUUGAAGAUACUUGAUUUCGUGAUCGAAGAUUGGAUUAAAGAUUUUUAUCGAAAUUAAAUUUGUUUCAUUUUCGAUGCCGUGUCGUCGACGUGGUAGGAUAUAAACCAUAUAAGAUUCUCAGUGUGUUAUUUUGGCCCAUAGUUUUACAGCGUAGUCGUUUUUCUCGAAGAUCGUGGUCUGGCCAUAUUAUAAUAUCGUUAUAAGCACUAAAGAAGCCUGUAAAACAAUGAUAUAAGAAUGAUAAAGACCCUUGAAGAGGAACUCGAAGGAAAAGACAUGCAAAACAAAGAAUAUCAUGAUGGUAUCGAAAAUAAGCAAGAAGCAAGUGGAAGUAUGAAUGUCUCUGAAGAAGAAAAACAGAAAUUUUGGGACGAAAUAAGAAAUCAAGUUGAACGUGGUGAAAACAAAGAAGAUCGUUGGAAGAAGACAAUUCUUUGGCGUGCUUUUCAGUUCAGUCCAGAAGAUCAAGAAAUUGUCAAAUAUUUAGUUGACCACGGAGCAGACAUUUCUUCCAAGAACGAGGAUGAUGGAAGAAAUACUGACGGGUGGACAGUGCUCCACUCUGCUGUUACUAAAGGUACCCUAGAAAUGGUUAAAUAUCUUGUUGAAAAGGGCGCUGAUGUAAAUAGCAAGAAUAUUUUUGGUUGGACAGCGCUGCACAGUGCAGUUACGGAAGGUACGCUAGAAAUGGUAAAAUAUCUUGUUAAAAAUGGCGCUAAUAUAAAUGACAAGAAUACUGACGGACGCACAGUGCUGCACACUGCUGUUAAAAAAUGUAGGCUAGAAAUGGUAAAAUAUCUUGCUGAAAAUGGCGCUGAUGUAAAUACCAAGGAUACCUUCGGGCAGACAGUGCUACACUAUGCUGUUACUGAAGACACGUUUGAAAUAGUAAAAUAUCUUGCUGAAAAUGGUGCAAAUGUAAAUGGCAGGAAAACUUUCGGGCGAACAGUGCUGCACACUGCUGUUAAAAAACGUACGCUAGAAAUAGUAAAAUAUCUUGUUGAAAAUGGCGCUAAUGUCAAUGGCAAGGAUACUUUCGGACAGACAGUGCUGCACUCUGCUGUUACUGAAGACACGUUUGAAAUUGUAAAAUAUCUUGUUGAAAAUGGCGCUAAUGUAAACGGCAGGAAAACUUUCGGGCGAACAGCGCUGCACCAUGCUGUUACCAAAGGUACGCUAGAAAUUGUAAAAUGCCUUGUUGAACAUGGCGCUGAUGUAAAUGGCAAGGAUACUGACGGAUUGACAGUGCUGCACACUGCUGUUAAAAAACGUACGCUAGAAAUAGUAAAAUAUCUUGUUGAAAAUGGCGCUAAUGUCAAUGGCAAGGAUACUUUCGGACAGACAGUGCUGCACUCUGCUGUUACUGAAGACACGUUUGAAAUUGUAAAAUAUCUUGUUGAAAAUGGCGCUAAUGUAAACGGCAGGAAAACUUUCGGGCGAACAGCGCUGCACCAUGCUGUUACUAAAGGUACGCUAGAAAUUGUAAAAUGCCUUGUUGAACAUGGCGCUGAUGUAAAUGGCAAGGAUACUGACGGAUUGACAGUGCUGCACACUGCUGUUACUGGAGGUGCGCUAGAAAUAGUAAAAUAUCUUGUUAAACAUGGCGCUGAUGUAAAUGGCCAGAACACUAACGGAUGGACAGUACUGCACACUGCUGUUACUGGAGGUGCGCUAGAAAUAGUAAAAUAUCUUGUUAAACAUGGCGCUGAUGUAGAUGGUAAGGAUACUGAUGGACAGACAGUGUUGCAUGUUGCUGUCGACGUGGGUGCAUUAGAAAUUGUCAAGUAUUUAGUUGAACAUGGUGCUGACGUAACUCUGAAAAGUAAAAGCAGCGUUCAUACUCUUGGCUUUGACAUCAUGAAAAUGGCUGUUGAGAAAAAUUCAGUUGUUUUGAUCAAUCUUCUGUUGGAAAAGAACAUCGCUGUGAGGAGAGCUGGAACAUUGUUUGUUGAAGGAAGACGAAUGAGUUUGCUUGAAUGGAGUAUUCACCUUGGUCAUGAUGAAAUUACAACUAGCCUCAAGAGGUCCAUUAAACAUUUUGAGAAAAUUCAGACGUUGAAAACAAUGAAUUGCAACCAGUUGGAAAAGAUUGAAAUACCAAUGCAAGUUUUUGUCGCAAAGAAUCAAUUUAAAAUUGGCGAUGGUGGUUUUUCUUGUGUCUAUGUUGGUCUCAUGAAGGAUGGAAGUGAAGUUGCUGUUAAAAGAAUUUUGGUGCAAAGUGACGACAAAACAGUUGAAAACGAAUUAGAAAUCAUGAAUCUCAUCAAGACAAACAAAUCUCCAUUUAUAGUGAGCUAUCGACAUUUUCACCGUGACGAAACCUUCAUGUAUCUUAUUGUUGAUCUUUGCGAAGAAACCUUGAGGGAACUUGUUCAAGCAUGCAGUAUUGAACAUCUACAAGAGCAUGGUCCACGAAUGAUUAGGGAAAUUCUAUCAGGACUUAAAUUUCUUCAUGGUAAAGGAAUAUUGCACAGAGAUCUAAAACCAUCAAACGUUCUGGUUGAUAUCGAAGGUCGCAUGAAAUUAGCAGACUUUGGGAUAAGCCGCGUUCUAAAUGACGAUGACACGACAGUUGAAACAUUCGCUAAAGGUACUCCUGGAUGGAUGCCGCCGGAAGUAAUUGAAGCAAUAGACAAGGACGAAAAAGCUCGUUUCAAAAAGAAAUCAGAUGUCCAAGUCGCGGGUAUGAUUGCUUUCUUCAUCUUAACUAAAGGUGAACAUCCUUUCGGAUCGAAGUUAAAACGAAUGCAAUAUAUUUUGGAGGGAAACUCUGUCAAUUUGAAGAAACUUGGAGAUAGUCAAGCUCAAAAGUUUGUGUCGUGGCUGAUUAAUUACAAGAUUGAUGAUAGACCUUAUGCCCACGAAGCACUAGAGGAUUCUUUCCUCAAUGGAGAGUAAUACAAUCAAAAUACAGAAUUUGGACAACCUUCACUCGGUGUGUAUAAACCCUUUUGAACAGACGGUUAAUGGGUCAAGACAAAUUUUAUACGAUUUAAGUUUGUCAUAAGACACAAAACAUUCGUUGCCAACUUUUUCCAGGCAGUUGUUCAUGAACAAAGUCUUUGUAGCUGUUUUUAAUAGGUUUUGAUGCAGCGUAACUUAGGUUGACGAGGUUAACAUAAUUAACAUAAUUGAAUUUAUAUUGCGCAUAUUAGCAUGCACAUAUGUUCAUUUUUGACUGAGUGCCCGGCACUGCUUGACUGCUGGUUGACUGAGUGCCCGGCACUGCUGCCCAAAGUUAAAACUGGUUCAUAAAACAUGCUGAGAAUAGUGCUCUUGUUGUGUUCUACUUCUGAAGGUAGUGCCCGUUCAUGGACACCAUGCCCAAUUUCAUUUGGAAGCAUCAUGUUCAACUUAGGCGCCAGAAAAAGUGACGGGCACCAGUGCUAGGGCACUCAGUCUGAACGCGAUUGCUUAUGAUCCUCAACUGAGUUUGCACCUAAAACUUUAUCAUUUGUAUAUAUAGCAGUAUAUAGAAACUAUAAACGUAAAAUAUCGUCUUAGAGUAGUUUAAUCUCUUGACCGCACUGGAAACGACAGAUCGUAUCUUGGGUGGAAUUGCACGUGUAAAAAUUUGCAAGUAUAUAACAAACAUUGUAGUUUUUUUGUCGAAUAUAAAGACACAUGUAGAAAAAAAGAUUUAAA